CCAUGAACCCGCGGAUACCCAAAGGGUUGGGUUGGGUUUGAGUUUUUCAAACUCAACGGGUUUUACCCCGGGUUUUUUUGGCAGAUAAAUCCAUGGAUUUAGAUUUAGGUUUGACAAAACCCGCCCCAACCCGAACCAUUGCCAUCCCUAAAUCUGACACGCCUUCAUCUCUCAACAUAAAAGCAGUGACCCAUCUGCUCGUCUCCGCUUCCAUCAAUCCUUUUACUUUUUCUUUCCCACAACAAAAACCAAUUCCCCCUUCCCCAAACACAGAGAGCAAAAAGAAAAUUUUGAAAGCAAACAAAAUCGUAUAAAAAACUGACAAAAAAUCACAAAAGGGGAAAAGAAAAAGGCAUGUAUGCAUAAGACUCAUUGCAGGGUUUAUAGUUCUACUUCUAAAACUCCAUCGCUCCAUCUUCCCUCACUUCCAUGUGUUCAUCUUCUUCUUAGGGGAAACUCUUUGGAAUUAGGAACAAAGAAACAGAGGAUUCAGAAAUGGAAUUUGACCUUGAAAACCCACUAACCAGUCACCAUGGCGAUCACUCCGACACUUCAACUUCUCUAUUCCUCGUCGAAUCUGAUCACAUGCCUUCCCUUUCCUACUCCAAAUCCGUCAGAACUCCCGCCGGCUUCGCCUUUUCUUUCCGCCAGGAAGCUGUUUCUUCCAUUUUACAGGUCUCUUGCUGCUUCGACCCAUUUUUGUCCUAUCUCGCAGUUAAUUACCUCGACCGGUUCUUGUCACACCAAGGAAUUCCGCAACGAAAGCCUUGGGUGGUUCGGCUUCUCGGAGUCUCCUGUGUCUCCCUGGCAGUCAAAAUGAUGAACCGAACCAAAGAGUUCUCUCUCAAUGACAUUCAGGGGAAUACCAAUCGUGGAGGAAUUAUGUUCGACACAGAGACGAUUCACCGCAUGGAAACUCUAAUACUGGGAGCUCUGAAAUGGAGAAUGCGCUCCGUCACUCCUUUCUCCUUCCUCUCUUUCUUCAUUCAUUACUUCCAACUCAAAGACCCGCCAUUGAAACAGGCACUCAGAGCUCGGGCUACUGAAACCAUCCUAAGAGCUCAGAAUGAGGGCAAGAUGGUGGGAUUCAAACCAUCGCUUAUUGCAGCAUCGGCUCUUCUCUCGGCGUGCCAUGAGCUCUUCCCGUUGCAGUUUUCGUGCUACAGAGAUGCUAUCCUCAGCUGUUCGUAUGUAAAUAAGGAAAUGAUGUUAGAGAGCUACAAGGAAAUGCAGGAGCUGGCAAUGGAAGAGUACGAGUCAGUGAUGGACAGAGUGUCCAGCUCGGAUACGCCGGUCAACCUGCUUCAUCGCCACUUCUUCCCGUCUUCAUCGUCGUCAGAAGAAGAAGAAGAAGAGGAAAUGAAGCAGAGUAUGAAUGGGACCAUUGAUAUUAUCUCUACUGCUGUUGCUGCUGCAGCUUCAUCCACCACUAGCAGCAGUAUCAGCAGCAGCUGCAGCGAUGGCGGUACUAUUCGCCAAGUAGAAGCAGCUGUCGACGAUAUUAUGAUGACAAAGGCCAUCAACAACCGCAACAAGUCGAAAAGGAGGAAGAUUACUGCGGCAGCAGCCACUAAUUACUGUAAUAAUAAUCAUGAUAAUGACGCUACUCCUGAAAUCUCCCAACGGCUUUCUGAUACCAAUAUUGCUCCAUAUCAUCACCACUAAUCAUCAUCUGCUCAUUUCUAGAACUCUAGUCUUCUUAAGCUUCUAAAUUAAAUAAAUAGGGAAUUUGCUAAUAUGUGUAAAAAGGGAAAAAAAGAAAUUUGAAUCGAAGAGAAAAUUAGAAUUACAUGGAGGAAAUGUUGCUGGUACUUGAAUUUUAUUGAUUAUUGGGUAAUGAAUCUCCUUGUUAAUUUAGUUAUCGAACUGUUGGUUUUUUGUUGUUGUUAAUUUUGCUUGUGUACGAUGGAAUGCGGGGCAGGGGUGGGAAUGGAAACAUGGAAAAGGACCGCAAGUCAAAGAUAAUCGGAUAAGAUAAAGAGUUUAAAAAAAA